UAUUCAUAAUAUUACUUAUAAUAAUGGAACAAUUGCUUUAUUAAUAUCAUAUCCAUUCAAUAAAUACACAUCCAAUAAAACACUACGUAUAGAAGUUCUAUCAUCAUCAACAUUCGAUCAACUUUGGUCACUUCCUCUUAAUAUAAUAUAUCAGGAUGGACGAAUCAAUCGUAUUUGUUCACUUACAUGUGAUGAAUGGCUUGUAAUCGAUCAUAAAACACCAAGCCUUUUACAUAUUGGCAAAGAUGGAAAAUUGAAAGCAAAGCGUUCAUAUGAACCAACAGUUCAUAAUGCUAUUUUAUUUGGUUCAAACAUAUUAGCUAUUAGAACUACCACUUCUCUUAAUUUUCAUAGAGUAUAA